AUGGAGAUAGCCUUGGUGAGUUUUGAGAACGGCGGUGCUAAAGGGAGCGGUGGAGGUGGAGGCAACAAUGCCGAGGAGAGCUGCCGGAACGCGCUGGAUGUCCCUCAGCCGGGUUUCGUUCAAACUGGACUUGGAGAGGACUACGGUAAAGAGCUGAACACCCGGGGGAGUCCUCCUCAUCCUCCUCAUCCUCUUCCUCAGCAGCAGCAUCUUCAGCAGCACAGCACCUGGAAAAUCAACGACAUGAACAACACUUUCAGCUGCAGCGAGAACGCCAUGGAUGCGCUUUUACGAGCGGACCACAGUCCCCAUCUGUUCGACGAGGACAUGAUGGACAUGGACAUGGACACGGAGAGCAACGAGAGGGUCCUCAUCAACAUCGCCGGGCUGAGGUACGAGACCCAGCUGGGAACCCUGAACCAGUUCCCGGACACUUUACUUGGAGACCCCGCCAAGAGGAUAAAAUACUUCGACCCGCUCCGGAACGAGUACUUUUUCGACCGCAACAGACCGAGUUUUGACGGGAUUUUAUAUUUUUAUCAGUCCGGAGGGAAGAUCCGGAGACCUGUCAAUGUGUCAAUCGAUGUGUUCGCAGAUGAGAUUAGGUUUUAUCAGCUGGGGGAGGAGGCCAUGGAGAGGUUCCGUGAGGAUGAGGGCUUUAUAAAAGAGGAAGAGAAGCCACUGCCCCAGAAUGAGUUCCAGAAGCAGGUCUGGCUCAUUUUCGAGUAUCCGGAGAGCUCCAUGCCGGCCCGGGGCAUCGCCAUCGUGUCCGUGAUCGUUAUCACCAUAUCCAUCAUCACCUUCUGCCUGGAGACACUGCCAGAGUUCAGGGAUGAGAGGGAGCUUCCGGUCACCAGCCGGCUGGACAACAGCACCGCGCCCCGGUCGUCCGUCACCUUCACAGACCCCUUCUUCAUCAUAGAGACCACGUGCGUUAUUUGGUUCACUUUCGAGCUGUUCGUGCGCUUCUUCGCGUGCCCCAGCAAGUCGGAGUUCUCCAAGACCGUCAUGAACAUCAUCGACAUCAUGUCCAUCAUGCCUUACUUCAUCACAGUGGGCACGGAGCUGGCGGAGCAGCAGGGUCAGGAGCACCAGAACGGGCAGCAGGCCAUGUCUCUGGCCAUCCUGAGGGUCAUCCGCCUGGUCCGGGUCUUCCGCAUCUUCAAGCUGUCCAGACACUCCAAGGGUCUGCAGAUCCUGGGUCAGACCCUGAAAGCCAGCAUGCGGGAGCUCGGCCUGCUCAUCUUCUUCCUCUUUAUCGGAGUCAUCCUCUUCUCCAGCGCCGUGUUCUUCGCGGAGGCGGACGAGCCGGAGUCUCACUUCUCCAGCAUCCCCGAUGCCUUCUGGUGGGCUGUGGUCACCAUGACAACGGUGGGCUACGGUGACAUGAGGCCGGUGACUGUGGGGGGGAAGAUCGUGGGCUCGCUGUGCGCCAUCGCCGGUGUGCUGACCAUCGCGCUGCCGGUCCCGGUCAUCGUCUCCAACUUCAACUACUUCUACCACCGGGAGACGGACCAGGACCAGUCCUCUCUGAAGGACGAGCCCAACAGCGGACGGGACAGCCCCGAACUGAAACGCAAAGGGAGUAAAACCUCCAACAAGUCUCAGGAUGUGGAGAACAACGACGCGGCUGCUUCGGUGGAGAAGAACAUCAAAGCGAACAGCAGCAUGGACUUCAAGAGGUCUCUUUACGCUUUCUGUUUGGACACGCGGGAGACAGACCUGUAG